UUGAAGGCGCAUGCGUAGUACCGCUUUGAGGGAAGCCGUUGCCGUGGCUGCCGUGGGACCAGGCGAGGCUCUCUCUGCUCGCGCCCCUCUCGCCUUUUGCAGGAGCCUUCGGGCGCGCAUGACACCUUCCUCCGGCAAGAGGACACUUUCGGCCCUGGCUGAGGGAGAAGGAGGAGGAGGAUGAAGAAGAUGAAGAAGAUGCUGGGGUUGGGGAAGAAACGGAGGGAGCCGCCGGAGCCGCUGCCCCUGGGCCAUGCGUGGGCGGGCUCGCGGCUGGGCUUAGCGGGAGGCCUCUACAAGGUCCGGAGCAAAGAGCUGCCCAGGCUGCACCGGGCCGCCGCCGAAGGGGACCUGGUUGAAGUGCGGCAUCUCCUGCGGAGGCACCACGACCCGGACGAGAGGGACAAGAGUGACAGAACACCUUUGCAUUUUGCCUGCGCCAAUGGAUGCAUAGAUGUUGUUACUUUUUUAGUAAGCAACCAAUGCCAACUAGAUCUCUACGAUAGUGAUACAAGAACUCCAUUAAUGAAGGCUGUGCAGUGCCAGCAAGAUUUAUGUGCAAUUUACCUGCUUGAGCAAGGAGCAGACCCUGACCUUGUGGAUGCAUACAGUAACACUGCCCUCCACUUUGCUGCCUUUAAUUCUAGCAUAUCAAUAGCAAAGCAUCUCCUUGAAUAUAAUGCCAAUGUUGAAGCACAGAAUAAGGAUGGGAACACACCUUUGAUUGUGGCUGUAACUGAAAAUAAUCGAGAAAUGGUAGAGUUUCUUCUAAAACAAGGAGCAUCUGUGCAUGCCACUGACAAUUCAGGAAGAACGCCGUUGUUGAUUGCUACCUCUAAUAAAAAACGUGAUUUAACAAAUAUUCUCCUCUUUCAUGGGUCAGAUGUUUCCCAUAAAGAUGAAAGUGGAUGGUCAGCGCGGGAUUAUGCUCUACUUAGCGAUGAUCCUAUUCUUCUUCAAUAUAUAGCUGAUUAUUCCAGGCAGAGAGAUAAAGAAGAAAAGUCUCUUGAUGAGCCAAAUAUUCUGUCUAUAUUGAGCAGAUCAGGCAAAAUGAAAAAUGCUGCUAUAACCCUGGGUGCUCCUGCUACCAAUAGAGAAGAUAGAAAAGGGCAGGAGUCACUCAACCAGGCAGCAGGAGUUUCAGGGGAAGUUAUAGAUGAUCAUUCUUCUGGAGACUCAGUAAGAGUUUCCGGGCAAAUGUAUGAUGGCACAUGGCAAUCUUCAGAAGAGGAAGAAUUCAGCCCUAAGAAAUUACAAAAACCAAAUUUGGCUCACCUAAUGAAUGUUUCUCAGCAAUUGAAGAAAAGCUACAAUGAAAAUGAGAAUGAUCAGUCACUAAAAGAAAACAUUCAAGCAGAAUCUCAAAAAGAUAUUAAUCCCAAUAAUCAAGAACCGAGUAAUCCAAAUGAUUCUUCUGUAAGUAACGAGGAGGAAGAAAUUGAUGACGAGAAAGAAGAGGAAGAUGAGGAGGAGGAGGAGGAAGAGGGAGACGAGGAGGAGGAGGAAGAAGACGAGGAAGAGGAGGAUGAAGAAGAGGACGAAGAAGAGGACGAAGAAGAUGAAGAGGGAGAAAUGGAAGAAGAUUUCAGUGAAGAAAGGAAAGAUGAAAAUAUAGAAGUAGAAAGUCAGUGCAAGAUAAAAGAUGAAGAGGAGGAAUCGUUUGAAAAACUAGAAAAGAGAAGAAAUCUUGAGCAUAAUGAACCGGUGCUGGAAGGAAAUCUUUCUAAGAAUAAUUGUGAAAUAGACAAAUUACAAAAUGAAGAAAUGCAAGAAUCAACUGAUGUGCUGAUGCCUUUUAUUGCUGAGCAGUACGAAAAUUCACAUGAAAAAGUGAAGUGUGAACUGCAGGGUCAUUCAUUUGAAAAGGAGAAUAAUAAUGAACUUAAAGAUCAGUUUGAAAAUCUAAAUGAUUUUGAAGAUAAUGAGAGAAAUGACAAAAUUCAAGAUGACAGCCAAAAAGAAUUUCACAGCAGUGUUACAGGUACUACUACUUCAGAGGCUUUUGAGGGAACAGCAUUAGCAGAAGCUGAAGUUUUCUUAAAUAGCCAUCAUAACAAUGGUAUGAAUUCAAAUCUAAGUGAAAGUAUUGAAAAUGAUCAUGGUUCUGACUCAGAGGCAAAGCUUACAGAUAACAAAAUUAAAGAACAGAAUUUCGAGAAUACUGAUUUUGUGUAUUAUCAAAAAAUUGCAGACAAACUAUAUACAGAAAUUAAAGAACUUCAGGAAACAGUAAAUGAAUCACUGCUACACAAAAAUGAAAAUACUGAGGAAGAUCUGAAUGCUGUUCAACAUGAUAUCAGUGAAGAAUCUUCAGAAGAAGAAGAGAAGAAAGAGGAAGAGGGAAAGGACAGUGAAAAUGAAAAUGAGAAAAUUUCAGAUGUUUUGAUUAAAAAAUUGCCUAGUAAUGAAAGUUAUCAAAAUUGGAGUGCUUCACAAGAUGGUGCUAUUAGAAAGGUUACAGAAAUAACAGGCAUGAAUAAAGAAGAAGAGGACAGGGGUGCAGAAUCUCCAUGGGAUUCAGAGUGUACUACUGAAAGCCCCAGAAAGCCAGCUGUCAGUUCCUUGCCAGCAUCUCCUGCCAAAAAUGGGACAUGCAUGCACAGUAUUACAGAAGAGCCAUGGAAUUCAAAGGACAUAAAGCUAGAAACUGCUACCACAAUUCUACAACAUGCUACUUCUUCUCAUCCUUUAAAUCAGACAGAGAGCAAAGAAAAGCAAAGAUCCGAUUUAAUGAGAGAACUUGGUUUAGAUGAUGCAGAUGAUAUUGAAGAUGCAUCUGACUGGGAUUCUACCAGCCUGUCACUUAAGAGUGUUCCUUAUGCUAAAACCUAUGACAUCUUAACAGUGGGAGAACAUAAGUCUCCUUUACAGUUAGCAAAAGCUGCUGAUGUAACUGAAACUCCUGUUCCUUCAAGAGCAGAAUGUGAUGUUCUAACUGUUGUUUCAAAAGGCCAGCAGUGUGAUGAACAAAAUGACAAUGGAGAAGUAGAAGAGGAUGAAAACAAGGAAAAAAGCGUAUUAGAUACACACAACUCCCUAGAAAGAUUGUCACCUGAAACAAAGACUGACAAGGCAAAGAUUCCAUAUGCUUAUGAUGAAAAGAAAAUUGGAGCAGUAACUCACAAUGUGGAACCAGACAAUGAAAGCAGUCAUUUUGAUUCGGCACUCUGGGAAGAAAGAUAUGAAAAAAUGUGGGUUGCAAAUGAAAAAAAGGAAGUCAAAUCUCAUUUUAAGACCAUUACAGCAGAACUAAAGCAGAUGUUUGGUGAAAUCAAUAUAAAUGAGAAAAAAAGUAAGACUGGGGUUGAAGGACAAUUGCAAGAUGGCCCUAAUGGUUUCUCGGAGGAUAUAAAAGAAUCAUCGCCAUCUCAUCUGUCUAAAGCUGCAGUUGGUAUGCCAGAAAAUGAUAGUAGACUGUUACAGCCUAUCAUUGCAGAAAAAGAAAUAAAUACUGGAAACUCAAUUUUAUGCCCUCAAAAUUCUGUUUCUCGAGAACCAUUUUUUGAAAUGUGUGAAAAUAAAAGACAUAAUGUCAAACAAAAUCUGGAAACCAAUGAUGAGGUAUUGCCUAAUAAUGCAGAAGAAAAGGGAACGAAUGUAAAUGAAAAAGAUGAUAAUACAUUUGUACAACUGGAAAAAAGUAUGAAUAGGAAUGCUGUAGCUUCAGAAAAAAAUCCAGAUUAUUCAUCAGUGAAUAGUUGUAGAGACACUUCAAGUACAUUUUGUAAAACACUUGUUUUAAAACACCCAACCAACUACCAAGAGAGCACAAAUGGGGAAAAUGAAGAAUUUCUGCAUUAUUUUAAAAAUGGUGUCAGAAGUUGUAAAUAUUUUGAUACCGAGUCUGGAAACCAAGUGAAAAAGUCUAUACAAACUUGCUGUCAAACAUCAAAACAACAGCUGGAUGAAGAAUUAGAACGUGAUGUUGCAAGAUUUAAGAAUGAGGUAGGAAUGCUGCAGAUAGUGUUCCUGACUUUGGAAAGAGAAAAGGCCCAGCUUCAAAAAGAGGUUGAAGAGGAAAAAAGAAAGCAAGGAUUGGAAGCUGACGGGGAAAAAGAAGCUGCAAAUAUUGGACAAAAGGUGGAUGUAGAAACUGAACAGGAAACAGAGCAGAUGCCUACAAUAAAUGAAAACCAGCAUAUUAGAACAGCAGGACAGAAAAGGACAGAAAUAAGCCAGGUUAUAAACAGGAUUUCCUCACCAGACCGAGAGCGAUUUAUGCAAAUUUCUUAUCAGACGAAAAAUCAUAUUGCCAAAGCGAAGGAAGUAAGAAAAAGUGGAAAUAAAAGACCAAUUUCAAAGCAAAGAGUUGCUCAGGAGAUCACUGGCAGUCUUCAUCAAUUACAGGAUGACAGCAGUUCGAGUGAAGCAUCUCUGGAAGAUAAAAGUCAUGCAGCCAAAUCUGGGAAUGAAAAGAAAAAGAUCCACAGAAGAAUUGGUGUUACACCUUAUUUUGAUGACUUAACUCAGUCUUCAGAUACAGCUGCAGAGGAUAAUGUAUUGUCUGUCACAAAAGAAGCUGUGAUGUUGAUGGAACAACUUAAGUUGGAUAAUAAAGAUUCUGUAAGCAUCCUAAAACUUCAAAAUAUUUUCCGUGAAUAUGAGCGCUUAAUUGAACGUGAAAAGAGACGCUAUACUCAUAUCCGUGAGAAAGUUAAAAAACUUGAGAAUGAGAAAAAAGAGCAGGAGCGAAUACUGGAAGAAAUGAGAGACAUGAAAUCUGUGCUGAAUCAACAGCAACUAAAAUGGGAAAGUGAUAUCAGCAACCUCAAGUUUUCUUUGAAACAAGAGAAUGAAAAGAGAAUGACUGCUGAAAUAUUGUAUGAAAAAAUCCAUGGACAGUCAAGGAAGAAAGAGGAGCAAUACUGUAAACAAAUGGAGGAAAAACAACAACUUGAGUUAAUGCUGAGAAGUUCUGAAAUGGAGCUGAAAACACUAAAAGAUCACCUGAAACAGGUUGAAGAAGAACGCAAUGCUAUACAGCAACAACUCUGCCAAGAACAAAAGGUCAGAUUUCUGCAAGAAGGUAGUUUGAAUAGCCACCUUCGGAGGCACAAAGAGUUAGAAGAAGAAUUGAAAAAAGUAACAACAAUGCAGUUAGAGAUGAGUGAUAAUCAAGACCAAGAAAAGAAACUGUUGCACAAAAAUCAAAUCCUCCAAGAUGAACUUUCUGUAUUAAGAUUAGAGCUUGACCGCAUAAGAAUUCAGCAUCAGGAGCAAGAAAGUAAAUAUUUAGAAGAAAAUGAAGCUUUGAAAGAAAAAAUAGAAGAACUGAAAUUGAAUGAAGAUGCUUUGACUCAAACAGUUUUCCAAUGUAAUGGACAAAUAAAUAUAUCAAAAACAGAGGCUGCAAUGCUAACCACCAAACUAGAACAUAUUAAGGAACAUAAAGAAAGACUAGAAAUGGAAAUCAAUUCAUUCCAUUCUCGUUUGAAUUCUACUGCUCAGGAACUUGAACGGUGCCAGUUAGGAAAAAACGAUGCUGAACGAGUGCUGCAACGAGAGCGGGAUGAGUGGAUUCGUUUAAAGGACAAACUCAAUCAUGAUAUUUGUACUCUAAGAGAAGCUAGCAAUACGAUGUCUCAACAGUUAAGUAAAUCUGAAAGUAAAGCUAAUGGUCUAGAAAAUGAACUCCACCAAGUAACAUACACUCUCAGAGAAAAGAGCUUGCUCUUAGAAAGUUGUCAAAGGGAUUUGAACCAGGCCCAAGGCCAAGUGAAAGAACUUGAAAAUGCACGACAAGCUGAAAAAGAUCAAAUGAACAAAUACAUUGUAAAACACGAUUCUAUGCAGGAACGAUUGGCACAGCUCCAGAGUGAAAAUCUUUUACUUCGACAACAGUUGGAAGAUUUUCAAAAUAAGAGUAUUAUCAAAGAAAAAGUAGUUACUGAUGUCCAAGAUCGAUUCAAUGAUAUUUUUAGUAAACUCAGAAGUGAUACUGAAAAGCAAGUGCAGCUGAUGGAAGAGAGAAAUAAAGAAUUAGUUACAAAAUGUGAUAAUCAAAGAGAACAAGUUCUUAAAUAUGAAGCCGAAAAGGCUGAUAGAGAGGGUAUAAUAAGACAACUACAACAAGAACUUGCAGAUUCUCUUAAAAAGCAGUCCAUGACAGAAGCUUCACUAGAAGUUUCAACACGUUAUCGUAUUGAUUUAGAAGAGGAUAAACAGCAAUGCCAGAAGGAAAUAGAGAGGAUAAAAUCCAAGCUGCAAGAGUCAGAAGAACAGUAUUUUCAGUCAGAAAAAUGUAUACAUAACUUAAAAAAUGCUUUGGAUGCUAAGGAACACGAAGCAAUUGUGGCGGCUCAGAAAUUAAAAGACCUACUGGUGGCAUCAUCAGGUGCAAAUAAUGCCAUAAAACAAUUAGAAGAGCAUGUACAGAGACUUGAAAUAGAAAAUGCCAGAUUGGAAGCAACAACGAACCAACAGGCCAAUAGAAUUGAGAUACUUCAGAAAGAUAUGCACAGUAAUGCCUCUGCUCACAAUAAUCUUGAGGAACUGAUAACUGGUUUGCAAACAGCAAAAAUCAAUUUGGAGGAGCAACUAAGUCAACAGGUACAGAAACAAACUAUGCUCUCAGCAACUGCACAAGAUACUCAUAAUUUGUGGGAAGAGGAGCUAAAGUCAAGAUCAAAACUUGGGCUUCGCCUUUCUGAGCUUGACAGGGAAAAGGCAGAGCUAACAGCUCAGUUGGAGAAUGAAAGGAAAAAAGUGAAGAAGAUAGUAGAGUUAAAACAUUCAGUGGAUAUACGACUAGAUCAAGAAAUGAAGAGAAACAGUGAAUUACAAAAAGAAUGCCAUGGGAUUAGAAAACUUCUGAAAAUAACUAAAAAGAAACUAAAGGAGUAUGACAAUACAGAGAGUUCAUCUCAGUCUAACUUCCAUGGAGACAUAAAAAAGCGAUAUUCAGACAUUGACAUAGAAGUUGAAAAGUUGAGAACAAAGGUAGAUGAACUUUCUCGCAACUUGGAAUCUGAAUCAAAAAGAUGCACUCAGUUGGAAUCUAGAAAUCAUGAAUUACAUGAGCACUUGUCUUCUAUGAAGAUACUUCAUAAAAAUUAUGAGAAAUUGGAGAAAAGCAAACAGCAGCUAGAAGAAGAAGUUGCUAAUCUCAAACACCACAUACAGGGUAAUGCGAUAGACUACAACAAAAUGGAACAAUACAAGAAAGACACUGAAGAGCGAGCUAGACAAGAUGUAAGGCAAAAACUAGAAGAAGUCAAUUUGUUUUUGCAGACACAGGCAGCCUCACAAGAAACCUUGGAACAAAUACGAACCACCAAUUAUUCUUCCUUGAAAAAUCAGCUGGAAAACAGAAUUAGAGAUUUAGAGUCUGAGCUGACAAAACUUAAAAACAGUCAGCAAGACAGUGGGUUACAGAAACACUCAAUACACACAGAACUGGAAAGAUAUAAGGAGCUAUACUCAGAAGAACUAAAAAUGAGAAAGUCUUUAAGAAGCAAAUUGGACCGAUCUAGUGAGAAAUUGGCAGAAGCCAAUGCCAAACUCUUUUAUGAGCGCAACAGGAGCAGAUCUCUACUUGCCAACAGCUUUUUAGGUGGAAGCCUUUCGACAAGCCCUGUCUUGGAAACGGUUCAGUUUGGAAAUCUUGGCUGCAAUUUAGCAUUUACUAGACCUCUUAGUCUUGAAGGAGAAUUCAUGAACCCAACCGGAAGUCCGUUAGCUUCAAAAAACAGAAUGGAGGCUUACUUGGAAAAGAUGCAGAUGGAAUUGGAAAAAAACAUUGCCAAGGAAUUAGACCAAGCAAAUGCAGAACUUGAUACUGGGUCACUUCGAGCUUCCCCAAUAGGAUCAGUUGGUGGAUCUUCAAAAAACCUAAAUGCAGAUCAAGAUCAAGUAUCCAAAGCAACACAACAGUAUCUUGAUGUUUUAAAGAAAAAUUAUAUGAUUUGAACUAACUUUAACUCUUUUAUAUAUUGUAUUUUACUAUGUUAUUUAACUAUUUUAAUUGUUGUAUUAUUUUAUUGUAUUAUGAUAUACUGGUAGUGAUCCUGUCAGUUGUGUAAGCCGCCCUGAGACCCCUCGGGGAGAAGGACGGGGUAGAAAUAUCAGAAAUAAAUAAAUAAAUAAAUUUAAUGAAAACUUGCUAAUGUGGGUUUGCUACAUUACUUUAUAAUGGAGGGAAUGAAACAAAUGUGAAUUUGUAUAUAGUUUGAAGUUAUGUUAUAAACAUAUCAGGCACAUGGCACUUAUAUCUGGAAAAAUAUUGCAUAGCUAAAUAGUAUUUUUUUCUAUUUGUAAUGGAAGCCAUAUUUAUUUUUUUAACAUGUAAGACACUAGCCUUUAUAUCUUGAUAGUAUCUGUUCUGGAUAGUUCAAGUCCUGUCUUGUUAUGUAUUGAUAUAAAAUCCAAGUAUUUUUAUGAAAAGUUUAGCGUAAUUUGGCACUUUGUAUUUUUAAAAUGUGUUUCAGUAUUGACAGGAAGUUUUUGAAAUGCUUCUCUGAUAUAUUUGCUUUGUUCUACCUUCUUCACCCCACUGACUAUGAACUUUUCUGUCCUUUGUAGUUUGGUAAAGGUUAGGAAUAUAUCAUUUUAAGUUCAAUAUUAUUGUUAUGAAUGCAGUCUUUAGGUAUGCCAUUGCUAAGAGACUUGCAGUUUGUAUUUUUAAAAGGUACAUGUAUAUUUAAAUGUAUAUUUAAAUGUACAAUUAUGCAGGUUUUUAAUGUAUGUUUUAAUUUUAUUGUAAUUUUUUAAUUUCGAAAGACUUUUAAAUCUGAUGUAAACUGUUUUUCUGAUGUAUAUGUUUAUAUUGUAAGCCGCCUUGAGUCUCCUGAUAAGUGAGAAGGGCGGGGUAGAAGUGAUGUAAUAAAUAAAUAAAUACAUAAAGUACA